AUGAGUGAUCUAGAUACGAAGAAGUUAUUUGAACGCUUACCUCAAAUAGUUAUACCAACACAUUAUGAUUUAACAAUUCAAACAUUUCUUGAUACAUUUAAAUUUAAUGGAGAUGUUAUUAUUCACUUAAAGGUUAACCAACCGACUGAUACUGUGAUAUUGUAUGCAGCUGAAUUACAAAUUGAUCAAGCAAAAAUAACAUUAGAUUCAAAGGGUGAUUGUAAAUUAGCCUUGAAAUUUAUUGGUGAUAUCAAUGAUCAUAUGCAAGGUUUUUAUCGAUAUAAAUAUUCGACACUUGAUGGACAAGAAGUUCCAUAUGGUGCUAGUACACAUUUUGAUCCAGCUAAUUAUCGACGAGCAUUUCCAUGUUGGGAUGAACCGAAUUUUAAAGCAACAUUUGACAUUACAUUAAUCACACCAAAAAAUCUUCAAGCUAUAUCAAAUAUGCCAAUAAUAUAUGAAAAUGAAUAUCUUGAUGACAAAGAAUGGAAAAUAACAAAAUUUGAUCGAACACCAAUAAUGAGCACAUAUUUAGUUGCUUAUGUUGUUGGUGAAUACGAUUAUGUUGAAACCAAAGAUUCAAAUGGUGUUAGUAUGAGAGUUUAUGCACCAGUAGGCAAAAAAGAGCACGGCCAGUUUGCAUUAGAUAUUGCUUCAAAAGUUUUACCAUUUUAUACGGAAUAUUUUAAUAUUAAAUAUCCAAUAGCUAAAGCUGAUCAAAUUGCUAUACCAGAUUUUGCUAUGGGAGCUAUGGAAAAUUGGGGUUUAGUUACUUAUCGUGAAACAACUCGUUUAAUUGAUCCAGAAUUCUCAUCGAUGGAAUCACGUCAACUUGUUGCUAUUGAUGUUGCUCAUGAACUUGCACAUCAAUGGUUUGGAAAUUUAGUUACAAUGGAUUGGUGGACUGAUUUAUGGCUUAAUGAAGGAUUUGCUUCAUGGAUUCAAUAUUUAGCUGUUGACAAAUGUUAUCCAGAAUUUGAUAUUUGGACACAAUUUGUUGCUGAUACAUUUGCACCAUUUCUUGUAUCUGAUGCAUUAAAAUCAUCACAUCCAAUUGAAAUACCUAUCGGACACCCCAAUGAAAUUGAAGAAAUAUUUGAUGAGAUUUCAUAUUCAAAAGGUUCUUCAGUAAUUCGUAUGUUGCAUGAUUACAUUGGUGAUGAUACUUUUCGAAAAGGUCUUCAUAAUUAUUUAAAAGAAUAUAGUUAUAAAAAUACAGUUACCGUUAAUCUUUGGUCACAUUUGUCUAAAGCAUCUAAUAAACCAGUUAAUGAAGUUAUGUCAUCAUGGACACUUCAGAUAGUGGGAAAUAUAUAUCCCGCUGGGCCUCAAAGGGUUAAAUAUGAAUCAAAAACAUUAGCAUGUUUAAGUGAGCCAAUCGCUAAUAAAACACUUAGUCCACAAGAUCGUCUUAUGAUUCAAGAUGAUGUUGCUGCUUUAUGCAAUGCUGAUCAUCAAUCAUUUGUUGACUAUUUUAAAUUAUUAUUAUCAUAUAAAGAUGAAGAUAAUUUUACUGUUUGGAAAUCAAUUGCAUCAACAAUGGGUGAAAAACUUGGUUGGGAUGAAAAAGAAAAUGAAAAUCCACUUGUUGCUAUGUUACGUCCAAUGAUUUUAAGUAUUAUGGGUAAAUCCGGUGAUCAAGCAAUUAUAGAUGAAGCUAAAAAACGUUUUCCAUCUCAUAUUAAUGGAGAUUUAAUUGAUUCAAAUAUUCGUGCAGCCGUUUAUAUUAUUGUUUCACUUUAUGGAGAUGAAAAUACUCAAGAAGAACUACGAAAAUUAUACAAAACAGCUGAAAUGACUGAAGAAAAAGUUCGAUUACUUUGUUCAAUGGGUCAAUCAUUAAAACCCUAA